AUGAUGACUUUCUCUCUCUCAAAUCUCAAACAAGUCAAAAAUAGCGUCAUUGGAAAUCCUUCGGCAAAGCUGAGGCUUUCGAAGGACCUCGAGUUUGUUCAGACAAUUGUAAAUUGCUUGACGGACACACCCGAUGGUGAGGACGUGCGGAUCGAGGCUGCUCAGGUAAUUGCGUCAAUAUCAUACGGCUCUGAGGCCGUACUUGCCACUCUACUUCGAUGUGAUGCCCCCCGAGCCUUUCUUUACGCCCUUUCAAAGCUUACCCUCGAGGACGGCCCUGCUGUUCGAGCGGCGUUUACGCGUGGAUUGCGUGCACUGACAAGUGCGCUGGCAGACACCGUGGGUCCGUCCCAGUGGGGGCUAAUGGAGGAGAGGACAGCUGGCUUGCGAAAUUUGGCAGAAGGAGCGCUGGAUUUGGUGUUCCAGACGGAGUCGCUGGACGUUAUACUGCCGUUACUCGAGGAUAGGGUGGUUCCAGUGGCAGUUUCCAUCGCUCAGCUGCUGGGUCUUGCCAUUCGUAAUACGACAUAUCGAGUUACGGUGGUGGAAUGGAUUCCCCCACAGCAGCGCAUCAAGACAGACAUGAGGAGCAAUCGUGGUUGGGAGAAGUCCGCUGUGCCCCCAAAUAACACAGACAUCCAUGGAAGCUGGAUAUGUAGGCAACUCACCAAGCUUGUAUGUGGUCGUGACUCCCAGCUCCAAGAGGCCGCUUUGUGGGCGUUAUCAGUGAUUACCAAGGACAAUGCUGCCAUCGUUGGUACAUUGAAUCGUACAAUGGAUACGGGAGAACCAUUCCUCUCUCUCGUCCUGUCCUUCAUCAAGUCACGCUCCACGAAUCUACAACUUGCCGCUUGCUCUUGUGCGACUUCAAUCAUUCGGGCUACUUAUCCCUCAACAAAUACAACGACUUCUUCUUUCGUCUCAGACCCACCUCUCGUCCAAGCCUCCUCGAAUAUAGUCAUUAAUGUUGUUAACCGUAUUAUUUCAACCCCCGCCACGGAUGAAAACCUCAACAACAGAAGUCGUGCCUGUUUUAUCCUCUUCAAUCUGGUUUCAGACCAUCCCGCCCUUUGUACCACGGCCUACGAACGUGGCUGUCUCACGAAGCUCGUCAGACUGCUCAACAGUUUCGAGCGGGCUCCCCCCAACGCAGCGUCUUCUUCACUCUUAUUUUUUCCAAGUGAGGGGCAGGAAGAAGAACCUACUCCGAUAGCUGGCUUGCGUGAGGCUGCCCUGACCACCAUUGCUGCGCUUGCGCUAUUUGACAACACUAUUCGAAGGAGCAUUACUGAUGAACACGGGACUGUGAUUCUUCCCAUCAUACACGCUGGUCUUACACAUCACAGUCUGGGUGUUCGAUAUGCUUCCUGUCAGUGUGUACGGGCUCUGAGUCGUGCUGUCGCUGUCUUGAGAACCAACCUGGUUGAUAGUGGCCUUGGCCGAGCUGUUUUUCGUGUAUUCCUCAAGGAGGAAAGAAAACAAUCGGAAAUUGCACUCGCAAGUGACAACAGGGAAACGAUUGGCAAUACGAUCGAGGGCGAAGAUCGAAGGGUGACCGCCGCUGCUUUGGCUGCAGUCUGCAAUAUUGUCAAUGAGUUCUCACCGUUACGACCGGUUUAUCUCAACGACGGAUUGGUCCAACGACUGGUCAAGCUCGUCAACAGCGACGAUGUUGACCUCAGGCUCAGUUCGUUAUGGGCAAUGAAAAACCUACUUCACAAAUCCAGCCACGAGACGAAGCGUGAUGUUAUGCAAAGUUUUGGAUGGCGGCGGCUCCUUAGAUUACUAGAAGAGCCAAAUAAUGCACUGCAGGAGCAAGCUUGGGCCGUCCUGCGUAAUCUUGCGGAGGACGACAGUGGUGUGGAGAUGAUAUCUCGGGAACGUGAAUUCGGAGGGACUGUGCUCCUCGCUCAUGUGACUCGCGUGUUAAAAAGCAGUCCGACCAAGUCAUCCUCCGACGAUGACAUUAUCCUUCAAGCGGCCUGUCUCCUUGGCAAUCUGGCCAACGUCAACUCCAUGCAAUCAUUAAUCACGGGCAAUGCUGAACUUUUGGGAGCGUUGCGAAUGGUCUUAGCAGAACGGAACCCCAGUAUCAGGCGACCUAUCGUUGCGGCUGUUUUAGAACUGGCAAAGGGAAGUACAGUUGGUCGCAAAGCGCUAGUGGAUGCUGGCUUGGGCGGUACUCUGCAGACUGUCACAGCAACAAGUCGCCACAGCAGUGUUUCUGGUCCAACAAGUCUCGGAAUUCAUCAUAGCCAUAUGGAGGACGACCGAGAUGUCAUCGAUCAGGCAAAGACUGCGUUAAGCUGGCUCGAGCAUGGCGAAACAUAUCGAUGA